UGACGUAGACGGAAGCGGAAGCGCCGGGCUGUUAGCAGCAGCUGCUAACGGGGCUAAACUGCAGCGGGACGGACAGACGGCUCACCUGGACAGGUGUUCCCCGGAAACACAGGCCUCCGUGCAUGGCCGUGUGCAGCAGCAGCUCCUCCAUGGGACCUGAGCGAGUAUUUCCCAACUCCGAGGACGAGCUGGGGGGGGAGGACCACCCGGGGGAGGGGGGGCUGGUCCCGGGGGGGGCGGGGUGGGAGCACCCCGGGGUGGGGGGGGUGGUGGAGGUGGAGGGGGAGGAGGAGGAGGACGAGGAGGGGGGGGGCGGGUACUACUACCAGCCCCUGAACCAGGAGGAGGGGGGGGCGGAGGAGCAGGAGGACCAGGGGGGCCCGGGGGGCCAGGGGGCCCCCCCCACGGAGCCGCUGGAGAGGAUACAGAUGCUGGGGCUCCACCUCCCCGAGGCUCCGCCCCCUGACAGUGACGAGGAGGAGGAUCCUGAAGGAGCCGCCGCCCAGCGGAGCCGCGCCUCAAUCCCCAUGGACCAGGACCACGUGGAGCUGGUGAGGAGGACGAUGGCGGCCGUCGCUCUCCCGUCUCUGGUGGUUCCUCCGUGGGCCCGAGAGAUCUCUGACGACCAGUGGAAGGACAUGGUGGAGCUGACGCUGCAGAGCCGGCAGAGCGCCGCCGCGCUCAGGCUCAAGGGCCGGGGCGGGGGCCCCCCGGGGCCCUGAACGCACCACCACCACCACCAACCGACCGACCGGGGCCCUGAAUGCACCACCACCACCAACGACCGACUGGGGCUCUGAACGCACCACCGACACCAACCGACAACCUACUGGGGCCCUGAACGCACCACCACCACCAACAACCAACCGGCCGGGGCCCUGAACACAGCACCAACAACCAACCGGGGCCAUGAACGCACCACCACCAUCAACCAACCGACCGGGGCCCUGAACGCACCACCGACCUGGACCCUGAACGCACCACCGACCUGGACCCUGAACGCACCACAGAAAACUAACGACCUGGACCGCGCUGAUGCUCAAGGGCCAGGGCGGGGCCCCGGGGCCCUGAACGCAUCACUGACAUCUCCCGACCUGGACCUGGACCCUGAACGCCUCGUGACCGACCCCAUGACUAAGCGAAGCCCCCGACCCUGAACGCACCAUCCUGGGGUCCGACAGGCCCAGAACACUUGAACGCACCACGACCCCUUCAGGUGCAGCGAGUGCCGCUGGAAACGCCGCUGACUCGGAACUCACCUGAGUGGAUCUGGACCCGGUUCUGGUUCUGGACCAGAACCGGGUCCAGAACCAGAACCGGGUCCUUGUACAUUAAUAAUAAUCAACGUUGUAACUCGUUACUGAUCAAAGUGAUUGAUGUUUAUCUGUAUCUGUUCCUGAUCAAUCAACCCCAUUGAUUCUCAUGAUUUUCUUAAUAAAAUGUGCUGAAACUUUCAA